UUUACAGUGGGCAAGAGCGGCGAAGCGUUAGCUGCACGGAAAUGGCUGUUGAUAUAACGUUACUAUUCAAGGCUAGUGUCAAAACUGUAAAAACCCGAAACAAGGCCAUAGGAGUCGGCUUUGAAUCUUCCAAAGACGACAUUCUGAAAAGGAGCAGACCCAAGAAUGGAUUCUCUCCGAAAGCCAAAGAGGUGAUCACGAAUAUCACCAAAUUGAAAGACUUUUUACAAAAGCACAGGAAAGACUACUUGAAUGCUGGAGGUCUGGUCUCAUCAGAGAUUACCCGUAUGACGGACAGUGAACGAGACCAGAUUGAUCAGGAUGCUCAAAUAUUCAUGAGAACCUGUUCUGAAGCUAUAAAACAGCUUCGUACUGAAGCUGAGAAACAAGUGACAUCAGCCCAGAUAAAGGAACAUAUGGGAGCAGUUCUGGAUCUUAUUGAGAUGUAUCUGAGGGGUGUAUGUAAGCUCUACUCUGAACAGAGGGCGAUAAGAGUCAAGAGAGUGGUGGACAAGAAGAGACUGUCGAGGCUGGAACCUGAGCACCACAGUAAGGUCGAGAAGAAUUCCCAGGUGGUAGAGCCCACGGAGGAAAAGGCCACUAAGGAGGAGGGCACCGAGAGGAGUGUGUCAGAGGUCCUGGACAAUAGCCUCAACCCCUGGGAGGAGGGCAGAGUAGAUGAUGAGCUCUCUCCUGAGGAGAUCCAGAUGUUUGAGCAGGAGAACCAGCGGUUGGUCAAAGAGAUGAACAGCCUAGUGGAUGAAGUUAGACAAAUUGAGGGGAAGGUUGUAGAGAUCUCUCGACUGCAGGAGAUCUUUGCUGAGAGGGUCCUUCAACAAGAAACAGAAAUUGACAGUAUUCACCAGCUAGUCGUCGGUGCAACAGAGAACGUAAAAGAAGGCAAUGAGGAUAUACGAGAGGCUAUCAAAAACAACGCCGGCUUUCGAGUGUGGAUCCUCUUCUUCCUGGUUAUGUGCUCAUUCUCUCUUCUCUUCCUGGACUGGUACGACAGCUAACCCAUUUAAAUUGACGCUCUAAAGGUAGUGACAUCUGUUUGCUACUGAAGCUUAUCCAUAAUUACAUGCUGCGGAAGUAAUGAUAUUCUAAGACAAGGUGCACCAGUCAUCUCAUUUGACUUGGACAAAGCAGAGCGUCUCUAAUUGUUCUUUGGGUUGUUCACAUCCUAUAAAUGAAGUGCAGAUAUCAGUGAGACCCUCCCUGAUCCCAACCGUCUGGAGUUGGCCUUAAACUCAGUCAUAUUGUCUUGACUUUAAAAGAAAAAUGCUCACUAAUUGGUGACAUAUUGCACUACUUGACAGUGUGUAGCUGCUUUUUUGUGUUUAGUGUUUUUGGACUGCUAAACCCAGUGUAUGCUCUUUUCCGAGUAGUUGUGAGCAGUGAGGUUGUCUUUUAUUGGAUGUCAAUCACAGCAUAACCAAGCUGAUAUGCCACAUACCAUUCUAUUAAAACCAACCUCUUUCACACAU